GGCACCACUAAUAUUCGGGCUGCUCCGAUGAAGGCUCGGAGAGUCCAUUUGUUCUUUCGCAAACGCGUACGCUUCCAUGAAAUUAGCUGUUCAGCCGGCGAAUUCGGAUCUGAUCCGAGCCCGUUCUCCGGAGAAUGCUGGUUGAUGGUGCAAAUCUAAGGAAUAGCCCAGGUGUGCGGGCGAGCUAGGUUUUCGCGCUCCGUUCUUAGGCUCUGUCCUUAAUUAGGGUUCCCUUUCUUCCUUAAAUCUCCAUCUUCAAUCUCUUCUUCUCUUCAAAAAGUUCGUUUUUGCAUAUUCUUUGCGUUCCGCAACCGUGUGUUAUGGUCGCGGGGUCGGCGUGAGGGCUUGGAACUCGUUUUAUUUGGGCUGUGGCAUUGUCUGGUUAGUCUAUAUCUUCUUGUUGUUUUCAGUGUUCUGAUUGUUGCAUCUUGUUUCUCUUCUUGGGUUGACUCGGGAGUUCAAGAUCUUUUGGCCCAUUUGCCAUCGGGUGUACAGCUCGUUUGGUGCCAAAUUUACAAUUUGGUUAACUGAGCUGCUUUUGGGUUUUUACCGUCUUUAAUUCCUCUGUCUUUCUCCCGAGCUUACUCUUGCCCCGUCUUUUACCCGCUGCUAUCCAUUUUGAAGCCUGUACUAUCUCUUUUGGCUGCAAGUUUUGUCAUCAUUUAACGGUGUAAUUCAAUAUCAGUUUAUUGAAUUGCCGCCAUUAUUGUCUGUCUACUGGGCUUGUCAGCGUGUUUUAGGUAUAUCAUUAGUUUCAAUUUGUUGUGUUGUAGGAUUUCGGUCAAUUGUAUAUAUUCCAUCUCCGCUUGAUUACUUUCAUUGGGAAAGUGUGAGUACGGAUAUUCGAUUUGGACAUCAUUUGUUAUGAUUGCUGGAGUGUGAAAUGGUGGGCAGCACAAGAGCCGAAUUGGCUUCCAGCAGUCUGGAUGGACCGGCCUUUGCUUCUGGUUAUCCAAGUGGGCCGAGGGGCUCUUACAGCAGUCCUAGUUUGGAGCGGUCAGGUAGCUUUCGAGAGAGCCUUGAGAAUCGCUUGAUGGCGUCAGCUUCAGGUACAUCCAGGAAUGCGUCUGCAUCAUUGGACAUCCCUUCAUUAUCACAAUAUUUGCCACUGGAGCCUUUCUCAACAAGCGAGCUAAAUCUCAAGUACAGCCGCCAAGGGGAGCUAAGAAGGGCCCUUGGUGUCUCAGUUGAGGAACAUUCGUUUGGUUCCUUGCAGUCUAAGACCCUUCCACAGAUAGCAUCGGAGGACUUGAAGCGUUUCAAAGCUAGUGUGCUAGAGACGUCCAAUAGAGCCAGGGACAGAGCAAAGUUGUUGCAAGAAUCCAUUUUGAAAUUGGAUAAAUAUCGUAACAUUGUUACAAAAAGACGGUCUCGCAAUGAGGCUCAAACAAGUGAAAAGCCUGGUAGUUCAAAUUUGUUGAAGAUGGGAAGCCAAAUUCAUCAGAGCAAUUCAGAUAUUGCCAAUGUGAGGCAGGAGGAAAGGACAAAGCUUGCCAUUCCAAAUAGACGUGUUCGCUCUUCUAUGGCGGAAGUACGGUCUGAUGGUCGGAGUUCUAUUCCGGCAAGACAGGGUGCAGCCAUGGAUAAGGAUAAAAACAUGCUUUUUGAAAAGGAAAAAUCUAUGCUUAGGGUGUGCAAUGGGGGACCAAUGUCCAGUGAAGACAGGAUACGUGGACUACCUACUGGAGGGGAUGGAUGGGAGAAGAAACUCAAACGAAAGCGUUCUGUCGGUACAAUGGGCACUAGGAUUCCAGAUGGGGAGAGAGAGUUUAAACAUACAAUUCAAUCAAGGCCUAAUACCGAGCCCCGUUCUCGCCCCCCUGAUGGCAAUGGAUUUAGGAGUGGAUCGGCUAACGGAGUUGUUGGAAGUAGCAAGAUUGACAACAAUUCUCAGCUAUCUGGUAAUAGCUCUCGCGGAAUGACCAGGACUGAACUGGAGAAUGGAUCUCUUCCAACUGAUCGAAGGGAUCGCAUUAUUGGACUUGACAAGGAGAGGAUCAUGGCUAAGGGAAGCAACAAGUUAAAUAACCGUGAGGAUGCUCAACCAGAAAGUCAAAGUCCUCUAGCAAAAGGCAAAGCCUCUAGGGCACCACGAACUGGUUCUGGCACUUCAGUCGGUGCACCGAAUUAUCCCCGUUUAUCUGGAGGUAUUGAAGGAUGGGAGCAUUCCGCGUGUUUGAACAAAGUGCAACCUUUGAGCAGCCCUGUCAAUCGGAAACGCCCAUUGCCUACAGGAUCAUCAUCACCACCUGUUACUCAAUGGGUGGGUCAACGGCCCCAAAAGAUAUCCCGCACAAGAAGGGCAAAUGUGGUUUCUCCUGUGUCAAAUUUUGAUGAUGUUCAAGCUUUUUCUGAAGGUUUUGUUGCUCCUGAUGUUGGAGCUAGGCUAUCAUCUGUGGAUUCUGGCAGCUCCUUAAAUUCAAGGGUGGCUGCUAAUGGCAGUCAUCAGUUGAAAAUUAGGCUCGAAAAUGUUCCUUCUCCUGCUGGAUUAUCAGAAAGUGAGGAAUCAGGUGUUAUUGAGAAUAAAAGAGAGAAAGGAGGAGAUAAUUGUGAGGUAGAGGAUGGGCAUCCAAAUGUGCCUCUUAAAGUGUCGGAUUUCAGUUUACCUAUGAAAAAGAACAAGAUUCGUACAAAAGAAGAAAUUGGAGAUGGUGUACGGAGGCAGGGCAGAAGUGGUAGAGGGUCAACUCUGUCAAAGGCAUCCUUGUCAUUAACAAAAGAAAAGCAAGAGAAUGCAGACGCCAUUAAGCCACUCAAAAAUGGCAGGCCUGCUCCUGAUAGGAGUGAAAGGGUUGGCCGUCCUCCAUCGAAGAAGGUUUCUGAUAGAAAGGCUUAUGGUCGUCCUAUGCCAAGUAUACACUGUGGUCCAUCAGAUUUGAUAGGUGAACCAGAUGAUGACCGUGAAGAAUUGUUAACAGCUGUAAAUGCUACUCGGAACUCUAGCUAUAACAGUUGUUCUAGUUCAUUUUGGAAGUCAAUGGAAACAGUAUUUUCUUAUAUUAGCUCAGAGGAUUUAACAUUUGUGAAACAUCAGAUUAAAUUUGCAGAAGAACUGGAUGGAAGUUUAUCCAGUAUGCUAGAUACUGAGCACAAUGUAAAGGGAAACGUAUUUUGUGGAGCAGCUUCAUCAAUUCAUUCAACCGAAGCAAACAUUCUUGGGACGAAUAGCUUUACUGAGACUUUUUGCUCAGUGGAUGAUCAAAUGCAACCUAAAGAGGCGUCUAGAAAGACAGAAACAGAAAAUUGGUUUGAUAGGAUUAUUCCGCUUUCUCAAAGACUUCUGUCUGCUUUAAUUAUGGAAGAUGGAACUGAUGGUUCUAACUGCUGUAUUGAACAAGAAGGGUUGCUCUUACAACUUGCAAGUGAUUGUUCGACAUAUGGUGCAAAUUGCUAUCUUGAAAAUGAGUUGGAGUUAGGUGCCGUCAAAUCUGACUUUGAGUUGGAUUUAGAUUACAAAAAUCAGAAGAAUUGUGCAGCAGAUGUUAAAUCUUGCAAUGGCUUUGCAGCCCACAGCAACCGCGGAACAUCGGUUAUCCAAACCUCAAUAUCCGGCGGUCCUCUGUUUCAGGAGAAUGGUGUUUCAGAACAUUUAGAUGUUGGGGCUCUUUCUGAGUAUGGCCUGUUCGAACAUAUGCCUUUGAAUGAUAGAAUCUUGAUGGAGCUGCACAGUAUUGGCAUAUAUCCAGAUUUAGUGCCUGGUCUAGCUGAGGGUGAAGAUGAAGAAAUUGAUAAAGUUAUAUCUGAUCUCAAAAUGAGGUUCUUUCAACAGGUGAGGAAGAUAAAAAGCCAGCUGUAUAAUUUAGAAAAGGCUCUUCAUGGAGUGAAGGAAGUUCAAGAGAGGAAGAUUGAGCAGCUUGCUAUGCAUAAACUUGUUGAAAUGGCUUAUAAAAAACUGACGGGUGGUCGAGGAAGCCAUGGCUCAAGCCAUAAAAGUGGUGUCAGCAAGAUUUCAAAGCAGCUUGCCAUGGACUUUGCAAAACGGACUUUAAUCAGAUGUCAGAAGUUUGAGGAAACUGGUCAGAGCUGCUUCAGUGAACCUCCAAUGCGAGAUAUGCUGUUCUCAGUGUUGCAGCACGGCAUAGAGACAAGAUAUUUGGAUGGUUUAACAUCAAAUAACGCUGAGAGACAUGGACACAAGUCUGACAGGGGUCAAUUCGUUCCAUUUCAAGGCCCCUCUAACAUACCAGAUCAACCAUUUGGUAAAAAUGACCCGUUUUCUAAUAGAGGGAAGAAGAAAGAGGUUUUACUUGAUGAUGUCGUUACAAGUGCCGCUUCAAGAGCUGCUUCAAGUCCUUAUAACACGAUUCCUGUUGGAUCAAAAUGGAAGAAGAGUGAUAAAGAUAAGGAUCAUAGUAGGGAUACACUAGUAAAAAACCCAGGUGCUAAAGCUGGGCGUCCCUCAUUAAGUGGCAGCAGAGGUGAACGCAAAACAAAGACAAAACCAAAGCAAAAGAUUGCUCAAUUAUCAACCUCCGGAAAUGGUCUUGGCAGGCCUUCUGAACCAGGCUUAUCGACGUCAGGGCGGCUUUCUUCUUCUAAUAAUGGAGGCUUUAAUAUGAACAGAAAUGAAUCCAAGCCUUCCAAUGUUGUUACUUCAGAUUUACCUAAAGAUUUAGAAGAUUCCAUUUUUACCAACUUGCCGCUAAAUGGAAUGAACAUUGAUGAAUUAGAUGUACAAGGCCAAGAUAUUGGUUCUUGGUUGAAUGUUGAUGAAGAUGCACUGCAAGACCAUGAUUUAGUGGGCUUGGAAAUUCCAAUGGAUGAUCUUUCAGAUUUGAAAUUGAAUUUCUGAAGCGAGCAAUCUCCAGCCUCUUGUGUAUACUCCAGAAUCUAGAACAGGAUUUAGAGCCUUCCUUAUGGUUCAAUUAACAUCCAAAAUAUUUUACACCGUGAAGCAGAUUAGAAUUUGUAACCAAGCUUCCCUCCUUCCUUUCUCUUACCCCCAAGGCAAAGUUUUGGCAUGUUCUUUUUUCUUCUUUUUAUGUGAAUUUUUUUAUCGUUGUAUCAACUUGUAAUCUUUGUCAAACAUUUAUCCCAUUGAAAUUAUUUCUACUCAAAUUCUUA